UGUUAUUGUGGUACAUUUUACCGGGGAAUUGGAUUGAGGGCGUUAGAUUGAGAAAUAACAAAGUUUUAAAGUAUAAAGAGAAUGGAUUCAAAACUUUAAUUGUCACCUUUACAUUAUUAUUAAUUAGCUCUUAUUUUUGGGGAUAUGAAUUUUUAUUGAUAAUUAGUGAUAAAUAUAUACAGUUUAUGACAUCAUCAAUAAUAGUAUCAUUCAUACUAUCAGUGUUUGUUUACGUUAACAGCUUUAGAAAUGAUAAAGAUUCAGUAUUAUUAUCAUUAGGUGGCAAUUCUGGAAAUAUAAUUUAUGAUUUUAUGAUUGGCAGAGAACUGAAUCCAAGAAUCCAAGAUUUUGAUAUAAAAUGUUUUGUAGAGCUGAGACCAGGAUUGAUUUGUUGGCUGUUGGUAAAUAUUUCAAUGGCACUAAAACAAUAUGAUGAAUUGGGAACGCUGACAUUUGGGAUGUUGUUUAUUUUGAUUUUUCAAGGAUGGUAUUGUGUUGAUUCAUUGUACAACGAGGCAAAUGUUCUUACAACAAUGGAUAUUACAACUGAUGGAUUUGGUUGGAUGUUGGCAUUUGGAAAUCUGAGUUGGUUGUCUUUCUUGUACCCAUUACAAUCUCGUUACAUCUCUUUACAUCCAAAAGAUUUGUCAAUAUUUGAAAUUGUCCUUGUUAUGACACUUCAGCUUAUUGGCUACUCAAUAUUUCGAGAAUUUAUUGAAACUGAAGCUGGAUCUAAGUUAAUAAUCUCUGGUUGGUGGGGAAUCUCUAGACACAUAAAUUAUUUAGGUGAUUGGUUAAUGGCUUGGGCUUGGUGCUUAACUUGUGGAUAUGAUGAUAUUUUUCCAUAUUUUUAUGUGGCAUAUUUUGGUGUAUUACUUAUUCAUAGAGAAUUGCGAGACGAAGAAAAAUGCAGAAAAAAGUAUAAAAAAGAUUGGGAUAAAUAUUGUGAAAUUGUUAGAUGGAGAAUUAUACCUG